CGCGACGACGAGAGAGCAUGCCAGCCGAGACUUGGAGACUUUUCCUCCUCCGAUGGCAUCGUCGCGCGUCGCCGUGAUCGGCGCGGGGGCGGCCGGCCUGGUGGCGGCGCGGGAGCUGCGGCGCGAGGGCCACUCCCCCGUCGUCUUCGAGCGCGCAGCCGGCGUGGGCGGCACCUGGCGCUACGACGACGCGGCGUCGGCGGACCCGCUCGGCGCCGGGGGCGUCCACGGUAGCCUCUACGCGUCCCUCCGCACCAACCUGCCCCGCGAGUCCAUGGGCUUCCUCGACUUCCCCUUCGUCGCCGAUGAGGGCUCCGUUGACCCGCGCAGGUUCCCCGGGCACCAGGAGGUGCUACGGUACCUCGAGGCGUUCGCGCGGCGCUUCGAUCUCCUCGGGCUGGUCCGGCUCGAGACUGAGGUGGUCAGCGUCCGCCGCAGGGUCGACGGCGCGGGCGCGGGCGUGGCGGGCUGGACGGUCUCCUACUGCUCGAGGAAGCUCGCCGGCGGGGAACUACAGGAGGAGGAGCAGUCGGAGGUGUUCGACGCCGUCGUCGUCUGCAACGGCCACUUCGCCGAGCCCCGCCUCGCCGAGAUCGCCGGCAUAGACGGUUGGCCGGGGAAGCAACUGCACAGCCACAGCUACCGUGUGCCCGACCAGUUCCACGGCCAAGUCGUAGUGGUGAUAGGAUACCACCCCAGCGGGAUGGACAUCUCGAGGGACAUUGCUGGUGUCGCCAAAGAGGUCCACGUUGCUAUCCGAUCGGCGCCCUGUGGAAUGCAGAGCACUACUGCCCAUGCCAAUCUGUGGCUACAUCCCAUGAUCGAAUGUGCCGAGGAAGAUGGCAGCGUGGUGUUCCAGGAUGGCAGUCGGGUCAAGGCGGACUCAGUCGUGCACUGCACAGGGUACAAGUACAGGUUCCCGUUCCUGGAGGAGGAUGGUAUGGUGAGCGUGGACGACAACCGCGUGGGUCCGCUUUACAAGCACGUGUUCCCGCCACAGAUGGCCCCUCACAUCUCCUUCAUUGGAUUACCAUUCAAGUCGAUCCUUUUUCCAGUGUUCCGGCUCCAGAGCAACUGGGUGGCGGGAGCACUGUCAGGAAGGAUCGAGCUCCCGUCACCGGAGGAGAUGAUGCUGGAUGUCAUGGCAUUUUACUCCGACAUGGAAGCCCGCGGAUGGCCCAAAAGAUUCACACACAACCUGGGAGUGGAAGCAUGGACGUUUGAGUAUGAGGACUGGCUGGCGGAGCAGUGCGGGCUGGACAAGAUGGAAGAGUGGAGGAGGGUGAUAUACGUUGCGGCCAGAGCGAGGGUGUCGGUCCGGCUGGAGAGCUACCGCGACGAGUGGGACGACGACCAACUGCUGGCCCAAGCACACAACGAUUUAUCUAAGUAUCUCUGAUGUCGCCUCAUCGACCGCUACGGUUUAGCUUCUGUUGGCUUCUCGUCCCUUCGGGGACAUGCGAUAAAAGAGAUUAGAUGAACUUGCGGAGAAAUAACUAAAAUCUAAAGAAAGGGCUUUAAAAAGAGUGAACUAGCCACGACAGAGUAAUAUUCUAUCACUAGACCAUUGGUGCUUCAAAGAGCAUUUGACUUGAAAAUAGUACAUGAUUCUAUGAAUA